AUGACCGAUAUACAAAUACAAAAUCAAACUAGUAAUUUUAAUACUAGUAAAAAAGAAUUUGAGAAUAGAUUUGAUGAUAAAGCGUUAAGAAAUUUAUGUGUAAAAAACAUACCCAAAGAGACAAAAGAAAAUGAAUUGUUGGAAAUAUUUCAACCAUUUGGUUUAAUAGAAAGUAUAAAGCUUAAAGUAAAUAAAAAUGUCGGACCGUAUGCUAUAUAUGCUCAUGUUCUUUUUAGUACUCCUGAGGAGGCUAAAAGAUGUCUAAAACAAAUGAACGGGAAAAUUUUAAAUGGAAGAGCUUUAAGAAUAGAUUAUAAAAGGAAAAAGAAUCCAGGAGAUAACCCUGAAAAUAUUAAUUUCAACAACUAUAAUAAUAAUAAGUUCCAUAGGAAAAUAAAUAGAACUAACCAAUUUCAUAAUAAUCGAUAUAAUAAUAAUAAGAGAAAUAUUAGAAAUACAAAUGAUGGUUUAAUGAAUGAUGAUAUGAAUAGUCAAUAUGAUUCGGAAAAUAGUAACCUUAUAGAUUAUGAGCAAAUGAACAAGAGACCUAGGAUUGGAAAUAUGAACGACAUGAAAAGUGGUAAUAUAAAUUCGACCAUUGAGUUAAAUAAAUUAAUAAAAGAUUAUUCUGAGAAAAAAAUGUUAAAUCAGUUACCUAACGACAAUACAACAAAUGAAGCUGAACAAAUUAUACAAACAUUAUUAAAUAAUAUGAUGAAUAAUAAACCAGCAAGGAUAAAAUUAUAUUUAUGUGAUCAUUUAAGAACAUGUGCAAAACAUGUAUUUAAUAGGCCUUCAAUAUAUAUAAGUAAUAAUAACGGAAUGGAAAAUAGUACAAAUCAAAAUAUGUAUCAAAAUAAUAAUAAUAAUAAUAAUAAUAGUAAUGGUGAAUCAUUAUUAUAUAAUUCAUCAGAUAAAAUAAAUAAUAAUGAUAUAUCAUUAAAUAAUCAAGAUAUUUUUUCUCUUCCUCAAGAAAAAAGUAUACAUAAUAAUAAACCUAAUGUAUCAACAAAUAACAAUGAAUAUAUUUGGAAAGGUAUCUUAAGUAUGAAGAAUAAAGAAAAUUUGAAUAUUAUUGGGCAUGCAUUACAAGGAAAUGUAAACAUUUUUUUAAAUGCUCACAUUACAAAUAUUGUAAUAAGUCAUAGGAAAAGGAUGAAAAGUAUACCUCAAAUGGAAGCUAUAUAUUAUUUUGAAAUCGAAAAUAAACAAGAUGAAAAUAUUUUUGAUUCUUAUAAAAAUUAUUUUAAUACGAAAGAUAGAGUUGGAUUAGUAUCAACAAAUGAAAAUUGGCAUUUAUAUAUAAUAUUUCCAGGAAGUCCGAUAUUUAAUCAAUUCUGUAAUAAUAAUAAUUUAGAUAAUAUAUUUAUAGGUAUUGUAUGUUAUAAUCCUCAAAUCGUAGACAAGAGAAGUGCUUUAUCUUUUGCGGGACAAAAUAUGGAUGCAUCAAACAAUUAUAACCAAGGAGAUAUUUCUGGCAAUAAUAAUAUAAUGAAAGGUGGACAGGACCUCUACAAUAAUCCGAACAAUACAUCCUUUCAAAUGAAUUCCUUAAAUUUUAAUGAGAAACAAAACAAUAAUAACAAUAAUAAUUUUAACAUAGGAGAAAUGUCUAAUUUUAAUAACCAAAAUAAAAACCAUGCUAAUUCUGAAUAUGAGCAAAAUAUAAGGGAAGAAAAAAAUUCUACUUAUAAACCAAUGGACGAUAAUACAAAGGAAGAAAAUAAAAGCGACGUUCCAAAUUGGUUAAAUCAAUUUAGUUCGUUAGCAGCAUAUCUUGUCAAAAAGUAG